GUGGGCGUGGACGGGUUCUGUUUACUUCUGUCCUGCAGAAAGUGGGACAGACUGAAGGCUGCAGCUGUCACACCGACAGGGAUCCACAUGAGCCUCUGCAGCACAACAUUCAGGGAGACCUCUGUAAGAGCCGCCAUGCUGAGAAGAAGCCGGAGCGGCAAAACUCGACAUGUGGCCUGGAGCGAAACCUGGCAGGACGCAGAUGUCAUGACAGCUGCCGACAGGGAGGAGUGGGACAGCCAAUCAGUGACUCAGAUCGGCGACCUGGAGUCUGAGGCGGAUCAGCUGGUCGGAACUGGUUCUGAGGUUGUGGUUCUGCCUUUUGCUGUGCCAGGGAAGCGGGAAUCGUUCUCCAUCUGUGAGCCGCAGGAGGAGCUGAACCCGAGUUUAUGGGCCGCUGACGACAGGGAGGUGGACCAGGUUUUUGACUGGGUUUGGGACGAGCGCUGCAAGUCGUCCGGCGCCUCCCUCAGCUGCGACGACAGGAAGGUGAGCUUCCACUCGGACUACAGCUGCGGCACGGCCGCCAUCCGCGGCAACAGGGAGCUUUCAGAGGGCCAGCACUACUGGGAGGUGAAGAUGACUUCUCCUGUCUACGGAACCGACAUGAUGGUUGGGGUCGGAACCUCUGAGGUGAACCUGGAUAAGUUCAAGUUCAGCUUUGGCAGCCUGCUGGGCCACGAUGAGGACAGCUGGGGCCUCUCAUACACAGGUCUGCUCCAACACAAAGGAGACAAAGUGAAGUUCUCCCCUCGGUUCGGUCAAGGCUCGGUCAUAGGAGUUCACCUCGACACCUGGCACGGCACUUUGACCUUCUACAAGAAUCGGCACUGCAUAGGUGUGGCUGCUACCAGGCUGCAGAGCAAGAAGUUCUACCCGAUGGUUUGCUCCACGGCCGCUAAGAGCAGCAUGAAGGUGAUGUGCGCCUGCUACGCGCCGACCUCCCUGCAGUACCUCUGCUGCGCCCGGCUGCGCCAGAUGUUGCCCAGUUGCCCUGACGUGGUUGACGCGUUGCAGCUGCCGCCGGGCCUGCGCACCGUCCUGCAGAGUCAACUGGACUGGGUGUUCGCCCUCAGCAGCGGCCCGGACCCGUCCGAGGACGAUGACUGCAUGCAGACAAGCGUGCCUUCCAGCCCAAGUGCCUGCGCCGAGCCGGCGCCUCAGGAUCGGCCCGCAGCAUGCCACUGUCCGCCGACUCCGCCGAGCAGCGACUACGACAGCUGCUGCUCUGACCCGGAGGAUUAUCAGUGCAAACGAUGCCGCUGGACGUGACCCGCUUGCGUUUGUGCUGCAAAGCUUAUUCUACUACUGCCAUGUUUGCUCUGAUCGAUGCUCACUACACUGCAAAAACAUCAAAUCUUAACAAGUAUUUUUGGUUUAGUUUCUACUGCAAAUAUCUUAGUACACUUGAAAUGAUUAAAACCAUCUUAGAAGUAACUGUUCAGUAAAAUACAAGAACUUGUUUUAAUAAGUCAAUAAUUUGAUAGUAUUGAUGAAUAAUUACUAAUUCCUUUGGCAGAUAAAUUAACCUUUAAGAUGGGAAAAAAGUCUUGUUACAAGUGAAAUAAUCUGCCAGUGGAACUAGAACUGGGUUGCUAGGUAACGACUGAGCUUGGCUGGGGUUGCUAGGUAACGGCGCCAGUGGAACU